AUGUAUUCGGUGAAAUGGAUUAUUUUGUUUGGUUUGAUUGUCGUGGCAGCUUCAAAAACUGUCGAAAAAUCUACUGGAGAUGAUAAGGAAUCAAAUAAAAUCAAAAGAGGUUUGGAACUUGGUUCUGGAAUCGGAAGUACCUUCGGACAUGACGGAGUAAAUGGAUUUUCUUCUGGAGAAAAUAUUUUAGAAAGUUCUGGUAUAUCAACCGGUUUGUCAAAUGGUGUAUCUGACGGAUUGACCAACGGCUUGUCAAAUGGUUUGUCUCCUGGUGUUACCCAAGUUAACGAACAUCGUACCGUUACCGUCACCAACCAAGUUCCAGUACCCUACAACGUCGAUCAAUAUGUACCAUAUCCAGUUAACAGACAAGUUCCAGUUCCCGUUCCCGUCGAAAGACAAGUUCCAGUCGUAGUCGAUCGUCCCGUACCAUACACCGUUCAAAACUUCAUACCAAUCACCGUGCAAAGACGAGUACCAUACCCAGUCGCCGUUUCCCGACAAGUUCCAGUACCAUACACCGUCGACAGGCCAGUACCUUACCCAGUCGAAGUCGCCAAAAAGGUUCCAGUCCCAUACACCGUCGAAAAACAUGUACCGUACCCAGUCGAAAGGAAAGUACCAUACCCAGUCACCGUCGACAAAAAGGUUCCAGUUCCAGUACCAUACAAGGUCGAAGUCCCCAAGCAAGUACCAGUCAUCUACACCGUCGAAAAACCAGUACCAAUAAAAAUUGAAGUUCAAAGACAAGUACCCGUACCAUAUGCCGUACAAGUGGAAAGAAAAGUACCAGUAACGGUCACCGUCGAAAAGCCAGUACCCUACCCAGUAGAAGUACAGAAACAAGUACCAAUUCACGUCGACAACUCUGCGUCAUAUCCGCUUCAAAUAUCCAAAGCUUUACCAAUAAUGUACCCCGUUAAUGACGACCAAUCAUUUUUCUACGAUUCUGGAAUGAACGCUUUCGUUUCAACCUUUCAUCAAGAUGGACAAGCCUACAUUGCUCAAUUCGGAAUGAAUUCAUUACAACAACAAACCUUCUCUGAUCACUAA